AUGUCUCAAUAAUUUGUGGGAAUCAAUGGUGAAUAGACAGGUCUAGGAUUCACGAAUCGAGAUCAAGGAGCCAAAGUUGAAGAGGAUCAAGGUUUGAUUGACUUCAAAAUAAUAACCAAUGAUGGAACCCACGGGAGUAUGAAGAUGCUCAUUGAUCUCAAGAACAUUUUUGCUAGAUAACUACCCAAAAUGCCCAAGGAGUACAUCGUACGUUUAGUAUUUGAUCGAAAUCAUGAGUCCAUGUGUAUUAUUAAGGACAACACUAAAGUAAUUGGAGGGAUCUGUUAUCGAAAGUAUCCAACUCAACGAUUUGCUGAGAUUGCCUUCUUGGCCAUCACUGCCACACUCUAAGUAAAGGGUUAUGGAACUCGAUUGAUGAACAAAUUCAAAGAGCAUAUCCAAAAACAAGAUGUUGAAUAUUUGCUAACUUAUGCUGACAAUUAUGCCAUUGGGUACUUCAGAAAGCAAGGAUUCUAUUAGGAAAUCAAAAUGCAACCAGAUCGAUGGAAAGGAUUUAUUAAAGAUUAUGAUGGAGGCACCUUAAUGGAAUGUUAUGUACAUCCAACUAUAGACUACGGAAAUAUUAGUGAUUUAAUUAGAGAGUAAAAGCAGCAAAUGAUAGAUAUUAUUAAGAAAUUGACUUUGAAUGAUAGGGUUUACCCUGGAUUAGAUAAGCAGAAUUAUAAAGCUGAUAAUUCCAAUUCUGAUAAACCUACUGUCAAACCUGAGAGUAUACAAGGAAUCUUGGAAAGUGGAUGGACUAUCGAUGAUUAUAAUGAACUCAAAAAACAAAAGGAAAAAACUUUCAUGAUUUCUUGCCAAUAAAUCAUUGACACCAUGAGAAAACAUAAGUCAGCCUGGCCUUUCUUAGAUCCAGUCAACAAAGAUGAUGUCCCUGAUUAUUAUGAUGUUAUCACAGAUCCCAUUGACAUCAAAACUAUCGAAAAGAAAUUAUAGUCUAAUUAAUAUACAUCCAAAGAUCUCUUCAUUAAGGAUGUCAAGAGGAUAUUUACAAACUGUAGAAAUUACAAUCAACCUGAUACAAUUUACUACAAAUGUGCUAAUGAAUUAGAACGUAGUAUUGAUGAUUAUCUGAAGAAACUUAAAGAUGAAUAACAAAUACCAGGAGUUAGUAAGAAAAUCAAAAAAACAAGCAAUAAAUGA